AUGGAUUCCGACGUCGAGUCGGCCUUCGAUGAUUUCCAAGACGAGUCAGAUGCCUACUCUCCAGAGCCGAAGGCCGCUGCUGCGAAACCUGCCGCCAAGGCCGCGCCUAAGAAGAUGACCCAGACCACCCUCAAGACCAAGGUGGCGACCAAGAAGCGCGCAAAGCCAGACAGCGACGGCGACGACGAUGAUGAUGGCUCUUUCGACGGCAACAUGUCCAACACCCCCCCUAAUGCCAAGAAGCAAAAGAAGGAGCCUGUCAAGAAGGGUGGCGGCAAGCCCUUAGGCGAGAUCGAGAAUGAUAGCUUUAUGCAGCUCGAUGGGCCCUCAGAGGCCGCGCCCGCCAACAGGAAGACUGCCACCGAGCAGUACAAGAAGCUCAGUCAAGUCGAGCACAUCCUCGUGCGUCCAGAUACCUACAUCGGUUCCAUCGAACGCACCGAGAGCCAGAUGUGGGUCUUCAACAAGGAGAAGUCCUUGAUGGAGUUCAAGUCUGUCAAGCUUGUGCCCGGCUUCUACAAGAUCUUCGACGAAAUCCUUGUGAACGCCGCCGACAACAAGCAGCGCGACAAGGGUAUGAGCUAUAUCAAGAUCACUAUCAACCGAGCAGAGGGCGAGAUUACCGUCGAGAACGACGGCAAGGGUAUCCCUAUAGAGAUGCACGAGAAGGAGGGUAUCUACAUCCCCGAGCUGGUCUUUGGUCAUCUGCUCGCCGGUUCCAAUUUCGACGAUAAUGAGAAGAAGACUGUCGGUGGCCGUAACGGAUACGGUGCAAAGCUUUGCAACGUCUUUAGUACCGAGUUCACCCUCGAGUGUCAGGACUCGACCAACGGCAAAAGGUACAAGACCACUUGGCGGAACAACAUGGGCAAGAUGGACAAGCCCAAGAUCACCUCCAACAAGUCCAAGGACUUCGUCAGGGUGACCUUCAAGCCAGACUUUGCAAAGUUCGCCAUGCAUGAGGGCAUUGACGACGACACCGAGGCCGUCAUGUACAGGCGAGUCUAUGACUUGGCUGGGACGGUCGAGGGCGUCAAGGUCCACCUCAACGGGGAGCACCUCAAGGUCGGCUUCAAGAAGUACUGCGAAAUGUAUGCCAAGGCCAUCGCAAAGGAGCGCCAGGAUGUCGACGCCGACGGUACCGGGCCUGCACCUGCCACCGUGAUUUUUGAGGACACCAAGGCGCAUCAGCGCUGGCAGGUCGGCUUUACAGUGUCGGACGGCUCAUUCCAACAAGUGUCCUUCGUCAACUCGAUCGCCACGACUUCUGGUGGAACGCAUGUCAACUAUAUUGCUGAUCAGAUCUGCGCUGCCCUGCUGAAAGAUCUCACCAAGAAGAUGAAGGGCCACUCCCUCAAGGCGAAUCACAUCCGCAAUCAUAUCUUCAUCUUUGUCAACUGUCUCAUCGACAACCCUGCAUUCACGUCGCAGACCAAGGAGCAGAUGACAACCAAGGUCAGCGCUUUCGGUAGCAAAUGCUCGCUCACUGAUGGGUUCAUCAAGAAGAUCAGGGCGACCGACGCCAUCGACAACAUUUUGCACUUCGCUGAGAAGAAGGCAGACAAGAUGUUGGCCAAGUCGGAUGGAAACAAGCGGUCUCGUAUCAGCAACGAGAAGCUUGUCGAUGCCAACUUGGCGGGGACCAAGCAUGGCCACGAGUGUACCCUGAUUUUGACUGAAGGUGACUCAGCCCGUGGUCUCGCCGUCGCAGGUCGUGCCAUCCUCGACCCGGACCGCAUUGGCGUUUUCCCCCUCCGAGGUAAAAUGCUGAACGUCCGUGAUGCAUCUAUCGACCAGAUCCUCAAGAACCAGGAGAUCAGCAACAUCAAGCAGUUUAUGGGUCUCAAGCACAAGGAGACCUAUACUGACGCCAAGCGCCUGCGCUACGGUCAUUUGAUGAUCAUGGCUGAUCAAGAUCACGACGGUAGUCAUAUCAAGGGUCUCCUCAUCAAUUUCCUUCAGGUGCAAUUCCCUUCACUCCUGCAAAUUCCGGACUUUUUCCGAGAGUUCACGACUCCCGUCGUCAAGGUCUGGCAGGGUCCGAACCCGAAGAAGCCUCUGAAACUGAGGUCUUUCUUCACAAUGCCCGAGUACGAGGACUGGAAAGAGAAGCAUCAUCAUGAGAUCAAUAGAUGGCACUACAAGUACUUCAAGGGUCUGGGAACCAGCACCAAUGAAGAUGCGCAAGUCUACUUCACUGAUCUGGACAACCACCUGAAGGAGUUCCACACCAUGAAGCAGGAGGAGACCGAAUUGUUCGAGCUGGCCUUCUCCAAGAAGAAGGCAGACGCGAGAAAGGAGUGGCUCGGAAAGUUCGUUCCCGGAACAUUUCUGGAUCACUCGACCAAGUCUAUCACAUAUACCGAUUUCGUCAACAAGGAGCUAAUCCUCUUCUCUAUGGCCGACAACCUCCGGUCCAUCCCAUCAGUGGUAGAUGGCCUGAAACCUGGUCAGAGGAAGGUUGUGUUCGCAUGCUUCAAGCGGAACCUGACCAAGGACAAGAAGGUGGUUGAACUGGCUGGCUAUGUCUCUGAGCAGACUGCUUACCACCACGGUGAGGCCUCGCUGCAACAGACCAUCAUUGGCCUCGCGCAGAACUUUGUCGGUUCGAACAACGUCAACAUCCUGGAGCCCAGUGGUAACUUCGGUUCUCGUCUCGCUGGUGGUAGCGAUGCUGCCAGUGCUCGUUACAUCUUUACUCGUCUGUCUCCUUUCGCCCGACGAGUGUUCUCUGCUCUUGACGAGCCGGUCCUCGAAGCACAGUUUGAGGAUGGUAAGCAGAUCGAGCCCAAGGUGUACGCCCCGGUCCUCCCAAUGGUCCUCUGCAAUGGCGCUGAUGGUAUCGGAACUGGUUGGAGCACCUCCAUUCCUAACUACCAUCCCAUGGACAUCAUCAAUAACCUGAAGAGGCGCAUGGGUCGCGUUGACGGCUUAUCUGAGGAGGCGGCCUUCGAGACCAUGACCCCCUGGUUCCGGGGCUGGAAGGGUCAAGCUGAACCUGAAGGUCCUGGCAGGUACAAAUUCAAUGGCAUCGCCACGCAGGACAAACCAAAUGAAGUCCUCGUCACCGAACUGCCCAUUCGUACAUGGACAGAUGACUUCAAAGCGAGACUUGAACAGAUCAUCCGAGGCGACAAGGGCCUCUCCUGGAUCAAGGACUACAAGGAGUUCAACGACCAUCGCAACGUUCACUUCGAGAUCCAGAUAGAUGACAAGGUCGUCAAGAAGGCUAUCGAGGACAACGAUCUGCUUGAGAAGUUUAAGCUGACCAAGUCUAUCGGUACUACGAACCUUGUGGCCUUCGAUCCACGGGGUCAGAUCCGCAAAUACGACAACGUUGAGCAGAUCUUGGAAGAAUUCUACCUGUACCGGCUCGGGCUGUACACUGAACGAAGAGCAUAUUGGCUCCGGGUUCUUGAUGAUGAAUAUGAGAAGCUGAAGAACAUGGCACGUUUCAUCGAGGACAUUAUCAACGGCAAGAUCGUGGUCGCCAAGAAGAAGAAGGCCGUUCUAGUGCAAGAACUUCGCGCAGCCAAGUACAGGCCAUUCCCCAAAGGCCAGAUUGGCAACAAGGUCAAGAACACCGAUGAGGAGAUGGACCAGGACCAGGAUGAUGAUGCGGCCAAGGAUGAUGAGGAAGUCAACACCAAUAUCCCCGGUGCUGGAGACUACGAUUAUCUGCUUUCGAUGCAAAUCUACUCUCUGACUCUCGAACGACUCGAGCGGUUGAAGAAACAAAUCGCCGACAAGAAGGCCGAGAAGGAUGAGCUCGAAGCACUCAGCGAAAAGGACCUCUGGUGCAAGGAUCUCGAUGCUUUUGUCGAGGAAUGGGAGAACCAGAUGCGCCUGGACGACGAGAUCCGCAGCAACAUCAGAAAGAUGGGUCGCCGCGUCUCCAAGAAGAUUGGUGCUGGCAAGGGCGGCAAACGUUCCAAGAACGAGGAUGACGAGUACGACCCAGGCAGCAAGUCCAAGGCCAGGUCCAACAUGAAGACCGGGCGGACUCCGAAUGUCUCUGACGGCGACGGUGGCGAAUUCGCUACCGUAAGUAGGCCCAAGCCUAAAGCGGCACCCGCAAAGAUGCCUUCUCCGAUGGACAUGUCUGAGGACGAUGACGACGACUUCAUCGCCCCAAGCAAGAGCAAUGGCAAGGCUAAGGCAGCACCAGCGAAGAAGCCGUCUCCUGUCGAGGAGGUCAAACCGAGCACUGGCCGCAGCAAACGUGCAGCUGCCUCCAAAGCCAAAAAGUGGGCUUUCGACACAGACGAAGAGUCGGAGAGCGAUGGUGACAAUAUGAUUGGAGACGUCGGCGCCCUAGUCCGGGGCAUCGGUGAGCCUGCCGCGGCCUCGACUAAUGGCAGACUGAGUCUAUUUGCCAUGUCGCGAUCUGAGCACGGCAAUGCUGCAAUGCCCAAGUUGAAGACAAAGCAGGCCCGCGCCAACUUUGACAUGGACAGUCCUGAUGACACCAACUACGAGCUGCUGGCCAAGUCUUCGCCCCAGAAGCCGACCAAGUCCUCCGACAUUGACGAGCUGAUGUCUGAAGACGAGGACGCUCCAGCCACGUCCAAAACCCAGGCCAAGCCUAAACAAGGCAAGGCGCCCCUCAACGUCGUGUCCGCUGGUCCUGCCAAGAAGGUCCGCGGUCGCCCCGCCGGCUCGAAGAACGCCAAAUCCAAGGACGAUGCAAAGCCCACGAAGUUAUCUCCAGCCGCCAAGGCUUAUGCUGCCAAGAACAAAUCCUCUGCAGCUGGUAGCAAGGGCAGGAAGAAGGCAUUCGACUUGAGCGAUGACGAGGACGAUGAUGGCGAUGGCGACGUUCGUAUGGAGGAUUCCCCUCCGGCGCCUGUUGCGCGUGCUGCAAGUGGACGUCCUGGUCGCGCAGCGGCAGCAAAGAAGAAGAGCUACGCUUUGCCUUCGGAGGACGAGGACAUGUCUGACGUUGGCAGCGGUGGCUCAGAUGUCUAUGCUAUGGACUCAGACUGAGUAACUGCUGAGUCUAGCAUGAGGCGCGGGCGUGAUGGGUCACGGGAACCUGACUGGCACAAGACAUGGAGUUGUUUUUUUGUCUUCUCUUGAUUUGGGAUUCACAGUCCGUGAUGUUACGAUAGGACAUGUGUGAUGAGGCAUUAAUCACAACGUCCCAAAUUUCAGAAUUAGUUUUUCGUCCGGGCUUCAAGGAGGGGGCAAUUACUGAGGUUCUUACGACAGAUGACUAGUUAGUGACUUUUGCUUUCUCACUUGUCAUAGUCAUGACGAGAUGUGUGUACAUUAUUUUAAGGCUAAAAUGGGAGACGUAUUCAAUGAAUUGUGUGUGAGAAG